UUGAUGGACCGGAAAAUAUUCUAAUUUGCAUAUCCUUGUAGGACGUAUAUUGUACGUCUUUCUAUGUUCCACCAUUUUUUACUCACAAGAAAGAUAGUUUUAUAAGAAGUAAUUCUCUUUAAUUGAUUGAAGAAAGUGUACACUUGUGAAUAAGAUCUUUUUCUCCAAGAAAAUUAACACCGUUCACUUGCCAAUGUUGAACUGUCACAACAUCACAAUCUUAAAGUUGACUGUGACGCACAAGUGGUUUCCGAAGGUUUGACUUCUGUAAUUCCCCUAACACGGUUAAAAUUGAAAGCAAACACAUAAAAUAAUCAAAUAAAGAACAUUAAUAAAGUUUCAUGCAAAUUUCUUCUAGAUAUAAUAAAAAUGUUAAUUUGCAAAAUUUUUUAAAAAUACACCUGACUUAUCACACAGUGCAAUCGAAACGGAAGAGACGACGAAAGUUUGUGACCACGUUUGUUGUCACGCAUACGAGAACUGGUCGACAUGAAGCUUGACUAUGGGUUGUGGCGCCUCAACUGAAAGAAAGGAUUCGAAGGAACCUCAAAAAGUGUCCGGGGAUAAUAAGGAGAAUGCAGAUGUAGAGAAAUUGAAUGAAACUAUAAAUGCAGAUAAAGCAAACAAUCUUACCUUUGAGAGUGAUAAAAAAAGCAACGAGGUUAACGAUGUCAUUUCACAAGUAUCACUGGAAGUUUUGAUCUCGAAACCGACUAAGCCAAAGAACGCUAUUAUCGUUAAGAAUACUUCAACAAAAUCGCAGCGUCCCAAGGAACUCAAUCAAGUGCAGGCGUGGGGGAAAAAGAGCUCAAGAAACGAAACAAAUUUUCUCGAAGAUUUAAGAAUACAGCGUAGUGAUAAUAAUCCUUUUUAUGAGCGAGAAUACGAGUUAAGAGAAGUGGAUGAAACGUCGAGAUUCAUCGGAGCAGACAGCGGAAUGAUCAUAGAUGAUGAUUCUGUAAGCGAGAUUUCAAAUUCCGACUCUUCAAAUCAGCCAGUGAAGAUUAACAGAGAGGGUGAUCAGGAGGAGAGUUUUGACGUUUCAAAAAUAAUCGACGUGGAGAAAUUUAGAGCAGCCAACAUUCAUGUUGAUGACAAUAAUGACAAUAACAAUGGUAAAAGGAAAUUGUCAGGGGAAGUUCAAAAACUGAACAGCCCCAGUGAUAAUGGUGAAGAAGGAUCAUACAAGGAUGAUUUCUACAAUGAAGAUGAUAAACACUUGAUUGAAAGUAUUGAGAAGGAAUUCACGAUAACACAACACAACUUUUUACCAGGUCAAAUUGUGAACUGAAGUAAAACAACAUAUUUCUG